AGGGCCCGGCUCAGAAUUUUCAGAGGCCCCAAGCCGGGUUCUGAGCCGGGGCUGAGUAGCCGAAUUUUGUGCCAAAAUUCCCACCUGGGAAUUGGCAAUGGCUGAUAUGCAUGAAGCUAAAUGCUCAAUAUUUACCUAUAUGGGCAUCACUAGCACCAUUUUUGGCUGCAAGGAUAACUAUUGGUUCAUGCCAUAAUCACCUAAAAUUGUUCAAGCAUUACAAUUCGGAUACUUUUGCCAUUGUAGAUGGGUUGGAGCUUAAAUCAAAUCAUCAUAUUCACAGUGAAUCUCUCUUAAUGAGGACUGGGAAGGUAUCAUGUUGUAGAUUUUACUAUAACAUGGCAGCACCUUCUAAUUUGAAUGUUAGUCUACAAGCCUCAAGGAAGGAACCACUUUGAUCUGAUUUGGAAUUGACAGUAGUUGAAACAACAGGUAAUGAUUUUGGUGCUUGCUACUCUGAUAAGUCUAGUGUACUGGAAUUCUACCAUUUGAUUGCUGUACACUAUUAUUCUUAAUGUUACACCCCUCUCACAAAGUUAGAGCAUUAAGAAACAAUGGUGUACUCUGGCAAUGA